AUGUUCAAGAGGUUCAGGAGAAGCAUCAGGGAAGGCAGUGCCAGGUCUGGAGACAAUGGCGUGCCGCACCACGUCCAUGUCUGUCACGAAUGCGGACAGAGCCUCAAGGACACAAUCGACACAAUCGACACUUCCUACGCAAAUAAUGUCACGGCCGGGCAGUACAACUCAAAUCGCGCCUCGAAACGCGAUUCAUGGAAUGGGUCCAGCAGUUCAGACAGCGGCUACGGCAGCUCUCGGCAUUCAGAGCUGGAGGCGCAGCUGGAUUUAGGCGACGACCACCCGGCCGGGUCGCUUCCGCUGCCGCUCAGGCGACCCACCUACAACUCCAGCAUAUACUCAGAAACCAGCACGCUCGAUCAGCCAACUCGACAGGAAGUAAUAGUCGAGGAGCCGGCACAAGUCGGCCCUCCCGUCUAUGAUCACCUUUUCGACCUGCCGCCUCGGACGUUUACCAACUACUCCGACAAGUGGAAGCCGAAGUCGCGCUAUUCCAGGCUGAAUGAGUUACCCGCCGCGAGCCCGAGGGCGAUGGCGUUCCCGGAUGAUGUGAUGGAUGUGAACAGCGGCGCUGAGGAACAACCGAUUUCGACGGAGAAGAAAAGGAGGUCAUUGGUCCUGCGGCCGUCAUCGCUCAGAAGACUCACUAGUCGCCGUUCGAAAAGCCAGUGA